AUGAACUCCUUCGUGUUGAUCGCCCUCACCCUCGUCGCCCUCACGGCCCUGUGCGCGGCUAGACCGCAUCAAGAAUACGACUACGCCACCGACCUCGCUGAAAGCACCGAAGACCCCGGCGUGGCCAUCGACCGCGAAGUGACCACAUCCCGUCACCACUACACCCACCACCACCACAAGAAGCACCACCACGACGGCGAGUCCACCAAGGACUACCUGAAGACGAACCGCCUCGGCAAGCUCCGAAAGUACUUCGAGGAUCACUACCUG